CUUAUAACCUGGGUUUCGAGCCGGUUCCAAUCUUCUGUUGGACCGUCUCUCCGCCAUCGGAGAUUGUGGAUGACUGUGGAAGGGCGGGUCCGCUGCUGGGCCCUAAAAAUGGUAACAGCCACUGGAUCUGCGCUGCCCGUAGGCUAAAAACAGGAAAAACAUGGAGACAGAUGUAGUUACAAGUCUUCGACGCAAGCUCAAAGAGGCUGAAGAAGAGCGACUAAAAGCUGCACAGUAUGGUUUGCAACUAGUGGAGAGCCAAAAUGAACUACAGAAUCAAUUGGAUAAAUGUCAUAAUGAAAUGAUGACCAUGACUGAGAAUUAUGAACAAGAAAAAUAUACCCUUCAGAGAGAAGUUGAACUUAAGAGUCGAAUGUUGGAAAGUUUGAGCUGUGAAUGUGAAGCUAUUAAACAACAACAAAAAAUAGACCUGGAUAAAUUAAAACAACAACUAAACAGAAGCCAUGGACAAGAAGUGAAUGAACUAAAAAAUAAGAUAGAAAAACUAAAAGUGGAAUUAGAUGAAGCUAGGCUUAGUGAAAAGCAGCUAAAGCACCAAGUAGAUCAUCAAAAGGAACUCCUCUCUUGUAAAUCAGAGGAACUGCGGACAAUGUCUGAGCGUGUACACGAAAGCAUGUCUUCAGACAUGCUGGCUCUUCAAAUUGAAUUGACAGAAAUGGAGAAUACAAAGGCCACCCUCAAAGAAGAAGUGAAUGAACUACAUUACAGACAAGAACAGCUAGAACGUCUGAAUACUAACUUAAUGCGCCAGGUAGACCGGCUCAAGGAAGAAAAAGAUGAGCGAGAAAAAGAAGCAGUUUCUUACUGUAAUGCCUUAGAGAAAGCUCGUGUAGCAAAUCAGGAUCUUCAGGUGCAGUUGGACCAGGCACUCCAGCGAGACUUGGAUCCCAAUAGUAAAGGCAACUCUUUGUUUGCAGAGGUGGAAGAUCGAAGGGCCGCAAUGGAACGUCAGUUUAUCAGUAUGAAAGUCAAGUAUCAGUCGCUAAAGAAGCAAAAUGUAUUUAAUAGAGAACAGAUGCAAAGAAUGAAGCUCCAAAUUGCCACAUUGCUACAAAUGAAAGGGUCUCAGACUGAAUUUGAGCAGCAAGAACGGUUGCUUGCCAUGUUGGAGCAGAAGAAUGGUGAAAUAAAACAUCUUUUAGGAGAAAUUAGAAAUCUGGAGAAAUUUAAGAAUUUAUAUGAAAAUAUGGAAUCUAAGCCUUCAGCUAGCUCUGGUGCUCUGGAAGAUAAUACCUAUUAUACAGAUUUACUUCAGAUAAAACUUGAUAACUUAAACAAAGAAAAUGAAAGCACUAAAGGUGAAUUGUCCAUACAGCGAAUGAAAGCAUUAUUUGAAAGCCAACGGGCUCUGGAUAUUGAACGAAAACUUUUUGAAAAUGAAAGAUGCCUCCAGCUUUCAGAAAGUGAAAAUAUGAAACUGAGGGCCAACCUAGAUGAAUUAAAACUGAAGUAUGAACCUGAAGAGACAAUUAAAGUACCUGUACUCAAAAAGAGGCGUGAGGUGCUGCCCGUGGAUGUAACCACCUCUAAAGAUGGAUGUGCCAACAACAGUGCUGUCGGAGAAGUGGAUAGAUUACCGCUUCAGAACGAGGAGACACAGUCUUGUCCUAACAAUUUAGAAAAUAACAACUUGCAGUUAGAAAAAUUGGUUUCUAUAAACACACCACUAGUCCAUCUCUCUCCUCACAAAAAUCUGCCCAUGGAUACACCACCAAGGAAGGAAAAGAAAUGUGUGAAGCUCAUAGGAGUUCCAGCUGACUCUGAAGCCUUAAAUGAAAGAAGCGGAAACACCCCCAACUAUCCCAGGUUAGCUGCUGAAUCAAAGCGUCAAACAGAAGUUAAAGAAGGGAAAGAAACUGCAAGCAAAUUGGAAAAGGAAAUUUGUAAGAAAUCACACCCAAUUUUAUACGUCUCUUCCAAAUCAACUCCAGAGACCCAGUGCCCUCAACAAUAAAGACUUUUCUUUAAUGAGAGUAUAGUACCACUUACUGUGGUGCUUAAUUAAGAUCAUCUUUAUGUGACAUUUACCACCUUCUGGGUUAUUUAUGUCUGUUUAUUGUGCCAGGACCUGGCAUUUUUAUAUUUCUUUCACCAUAUGUUCAAAAUUUGAUUGUGAUUCUAACCUGGGGAGUUCCUUAAGUGAUAAGCCUUCAUGAAGCUUCUAUUGCAGUGAAUAAAGUAUUAACCGAAGGAAAAUGCUAUGAUUAAUAUAUAAUUGCUGCUUUGUAUAUGAAUUUUUUUAAGUGAUAUAAACACUUGAAUAACCUACCUUCAGUUCCAUUUGUUUGAGAAGUAACUAUUAUAUUUUCCUACUAUUUUAUAAACUUAGUUUUUCACUAUGUUGUAAAAAUAGGAAACUUGGUUUAAAAGUAUAUAUUGUUUCAGGAUUCUGUCAAGGUACCUAUGUUUAUCUGUGUAUUUAUAUAAAUGAUUUAAAUUUUAUGUUUCCAGCAUACAAAAUAACUAAUUUUAAAA